ACGAAUGAUAUAUAUUGUUCUUGAACCAACGCCACUUCAAACUGCUGCAACUGCUCCUGCCUCCUGCCUCCUCCUCGUUGAUUUCCAGAUUGUUUCGCCGAGGCGAAGCGACGGAGCACUGGGAGAAACCCAUCUCUGGAAUCUGCUAAUACGUCAUCUGGGUCCAAUCAGUUUGUGUUCCCUGACGAGUCCCAGCUACAGCUAUGGCGGAAACGGGCUUUCUGCCUGAGGAUGAUUUCAGAUUGGAGGCUACUCGAUCCAGAUUUUCGAAAGUCCUCAAAAAGCAUGCGGAAUUGUCCGAGCGUCUUUCCAGUCACGGCUCAAGCAGCUGCUGUACCCGAACAGAAAACAAAGAUUUGGUAUAUAGUAAAUAUAGUUGCAGGGACUCGGACAAAUCUGUUUUUGAGCGGCUACAGAAAGAAUUUGACAGUGCACGUGCUUCCCAAAGUCAAGAGAUUCACUUGGAUGGUGAAGAAUGGAAUGAUGGCCUCUUAGCAACCAUAAGAGAGCGGGUUCACAUGGAGGCAGACAGGAAGGCUAUGGCAGGAGACACAACUAUCUCUUCCGGCACUUAUAUUCAGGAAAAAAUUACUUAUAAAGUUGGAAACAAGGUGAUUUGUUGUUUGGAAGGCGCAAGAAUUGGCAUACAGUAUGAAACUUUUUUUGCUGGAGAGCCAUGUGAAUUAUACCACAUGGUUCUUGAGAGUAAAUCAUUUUUGGAAAAGAUGACUGUCCUGGAACAUACAAUUCCAUUCUUUAUACCAGUACGUGAUACGGAAAAUGAUCUCCUUUCUUCAAAUGCAAUGAAAUUUAUAGAUCGUGUUGGAGAACUUCUGCAGGCUUAUGUGGAUAGACGUGAACAGGUCCGCCUUAUUAAAGAGUUGUAUGGAAACCAAAUUGGAGAGCUGUAUCACAGUCUUCCGUUCAACAUGGUCGAAUUUGUACUUGAUGAUUUUGAGUGCAAGGUAACAGUUACUCUGAGGUAUGAAGACCUCAGUUGCGUACUCCCAACUCGUAUAAGAGUCCUGGCAUGGCCAAGGAAAAACAGUACCAGUCCAGUCUCCAUGAACCGAAGGGUAAAUGGAGUUUCUGGAAGUCACCCUAGUCCAGCUCGCCUUUCUUAUGCUGAGGAGGCCUUGCGAAGUAUGAGCUUGCCAGAAGCAUUUGCAGAAAUUGUAUUAAAUUUGCCACCAGCUCUCCAGCAAUUAUAUCAGCAAAGAUGCAUCUCUUAGUAAUUUGGAUUCAACAAGUGUCCAAACUGUACAAUGUAACAGCAAUAUCUGAGAGGAUGCUGAAUUGAGAUCUAUUAAGAAUGGGGGACGAUGAAAGAGUGAAGCUGUGGAUGUAUUGCUAUUUUGAAGUUCUCAUUUGAUCCUAGUUCUUGACAGUUAUCACGAAGCUCAAAGUUGAGGGCUUGAAGGGACUGUCGACAUUCCGGCGGCAGUUGGUUGCAGUGCUCUAAUUUGUUUCCUAAAAAUCCCAUAGAUUUUGUAUCAACAGUCUUUGUAGUUUUACAGAGCCCCCAAAGCUGGGCUUCAACAUAUAUGUUUUCUGCCUAGAUUGGAGUCUCCCCUCUAGCCAGCCAUCCUCUUUGGUUUAAAGUAGGGGCAUUCAAUGCUGCCAAUGUCUGCCAAAAAGGGUGGCCUGACCGAACCUUAUGGCUCAUUUUUACUUGUGUGAUGAGGGAUACUUGAAUUGGUCCAUAUAUUUGAAAUUGCAAAUCUCUUUGGAUG